AAGAACGUAACAAGGUUAUAUAAUACAUAAAAAUUAUGCUACUUUCAAAGGACACGGAUUAAAAUAUUUAGUUAGCAAACCAACGAAUAUUAUCAUAACUGUUUCAGAUAAUUCUAUAAAUCGCUACUUUAGUAUGGUUACCGUAACAAAGCGUACUUUUUUAACAAUAUUUACGAGUAAAUUCGUGUCCCACAUAAUGGUAUUCAUAAUCACGGAUAAAUGGAUUUGAAACUACCGGUACUGUGGGAUCCUGACCUCUAGGUACAAAACACAACACUGGAAGGUUCUUCCCUACCGAUAAAGGAACCUUCGUUAUAUAGAAAUCAACAGUGGGACCUAAAGGUGGUGUGGUGUCGGUAUAUGAAUUCUUUAUGUUGUACCACAGUGUACGUGCCUUAGCGGAAGUAAAAAAAUCCAUGUUUAAAAGGUGACAAUAAUUUCCUAUGUUGUGAUCGACUGUGUUCGGUCGUUACAAAACUAUAACCGGGCCAAGGCAGUGCCGUGUAACAUUUUUUCGUGACGAAUAACGAAUAGAAGCAUAUCGAAUGACAGAACACGGAGGGACAGACAAACCUAACCUCAAUGAAGAGCGUGCUACUCCUCCACCGCGAAAGAUUCGUCACCGGUUUUGUUCAAGCUCGACAAAGUGUUCCCUCCGCAGUUCUUCUCAUUGCCCCCGUUUUCGUUGGCUUCACGUUUGCUGUAAUAGCACGCCGAUACAUUCACUUUGGACCUAUUUUCACGGAUCGAGCUCAGCAAGGGUGGUGGGCUGACAUUAUACCAGCAAUUCGUUUCUUAAACUUUGGUAGAGGAAACGAGGGUAACAUUGACAGAGAGGCAGACGACAAGGAGAAUUCGGAACAGGACGUGAACAGAUCCAACGAUUCGAGCAGCACCAUGUCGGAAAAUCCAGUGAGCUUCGUCGUCGGGGAGCCUGACAAUGAUCGCAGCGAGGAAUUGGAGAUCGAGGAUAGCUUCCCAUCCGAAUCAUACGAUAUUACCACAACCCAGGUGCAGCAGAAUGCCAUGGCGGGCUUGAUCGAGCGCCGCAAGCGCCUCAGGCCCAGCAUGUCACAGGGCACGGUGAUGAUUCAGACGCAAAGCCGGUUACAAGAAAAGGACUUCACUAUUGCCACACCCGAGGAGUUUGUUCAUCGUUUCGGCGGUACCAAAGUUAUCAACAAGGUCCUAAUCGCCAACAACGGAAUAGCGGCUGUAAAAUGUAUGCGUUCGAUCCGACGAUGGUCCUACGAAAUGUUCAAGAACGAACGCGCCGUACGUUUCGUCGUGAUGGUCACUCCGGAAGAUUUAAAAGCGAACGCGGAAUAUAUCAAAAUGGCAGAUCAGUACGUACCCGUGCCAGGUGGAACCAACAACAACAAUUAUGCGAACGUCGAGCUGAUCGUAGACAUCGCUGUACGCACUCAGGUCCAGGCUGUAUGGGCUGGUUGGGGUCAUGCCUCUGAAAAUCCAAAAUUGCCAGAACUACUCCAUAAAAAUAACAUGUGUUUCAUUGGGCCAUCCGAGAGAGCAAUGUGGGCUCUUGGAGAUAAAAUCGCGUCAAGUAUUGUAGCGCAAACUGCAGAUGUACCGACACUUCCUUGGUCAGGUUCGGAACUAAAGGCACAGUACAGUGGAAAAAAGAUAAAAAUAUCAUCGGAACUUUUCAAGAAAGGGUGCGUUUCGACGGUAGAAGAAUGCUUGGCAGCAGCUAACAAAAUAGGCUUUCCUAUAAUGGUGAAAGCUAGCGAGGGAGGUGGUGGAAAAGGUAUCAGAAAGGUGGAGAACGCUGAAGAAUUGCCCACAUUGUUUAGGCAGGUACAAACUGAAAUACCUGGAUCUCCGAUAUUCAUUAUGAAAUUGGCAAAAUGUGCUCGCCAUUUAGAAGUUCAAUUAUUAGCUGACAAUUAUGGAAACGCGAUAUCGUUAUUUGGUCGUGACUGUUCUAUUCAGAGAAGACAUCAAAAGAUUAUCGAAGAAGCGCCUGCUGUGGUUGCUAAACCCGAAGUCUUUGAAGAAAUGGAAAAAGCUGCUGUAAGAUUGGCCAAAAUGGUUGGAUAUGUCAGCGCAGGUACUGUCGAAUACCUGUACGACACUUCUGGACGAUAUUACUUUUUGGAAUUGAAUCCACGUCUUCAAGUGGAACAUCCGUGUACUGAGAUGGUAUCUGAUGUUAAUUUGCCCGCGGCACAACUUCAAAUUGCUAUGGGGUUACCAUUACAUCAUAUUAAAGAUAUUCGUCUUCUUUAUGGUGAAAGUCCAUGGGGAGAUAGCGUCAUUGACUUCGAUCAACCGAGACACAAACCCCAACCAUGGGGUCACGUGAUAGCUGCGAGAAUUACUAGUGAAAAUCCUGAUGAAGGUUUUAAACCGAGUUCUGGUACGGUGCAAGAACUGAAUUUCCGAUCCUCGAAGAAUGUUUGGGGUUACUUCUCAGUAGCAGCUUCCGGAGGUCUCCAUGAAUUUGCAGACUCACAAUUCGGACAUUGCUUCUCUUGGGGAGAGGAUCGUAACCAGGCUCGAGAAAAUUUGGUCAUAGCUUUGAAAGAAUUGAGCAUUAGGGGUGAUUUCAGAACCACCGUCGAAUAUUUGAUUACGCUAUUAGAAACUGAAUCUUUCCAACAGAACAAUAUAGAUACUGCGUGGCUUGAUUUGUUGAUUGCUGAACGCGUUAGGAGUGACAAACCGGAUGUAUUAUUAGCCAUAACAUGCGGUGCGCUUCAUAUCGCUGAUAGAACAAUCACUGCCGCUUUUACUGGGUUUCAAACAGCAUUGGAAAAAGGACAAAUACAAGCCAGCAAUGAUUUAGAUAAUGUUAUCGACGUUGAACUCAUUAACGACGGAUACAAAUAUAAAAUACAGACUGCUAAGUCAGGCCCUAAUAGUUAUUUUCUUGUUAUGAACGGUUCCUACAAAGAAGUAGAAUUACACCGACUAUCGGAUGGAGGAUUAUUGCUCUCUUUGGAUGGCGCAAGUUUCACGACUUACAUGAGGGAGGAAGUCGAUCGUUACAGGAUCAUCAUUGGAAAUCAAACCUGCAUCUUCGAGAAGGACAACGAUCCUUCUUUAUUGAGGUCACCAUCAGCUGGCAAACUAAUUAGCUAUCUAGUCGAAGAUGGUGGUCACGUGAACGCUGGACAAGCAUACGCAGAAAUUGAAGUCAUGAAAAUGGUAAUGACAAUAACAGCGAGCGAAGCUGGUAGCGUCUUUUAUGUUAAAAGACCAGGUGCCAUUCUCGAGGCUGGUACCUUGAUUGCUCAACUAGAAUUGGACGAUCCAUCUCUGGUAACAAAAGCUCAGGAGUACACUGGUAAAUUCCCGGAAACUAUAGCUCCAGCAAUUUCUGAAAAAUUGAAUCAUCUUCAUGCUGAAUACAGAACAGCUUUAGAAAACACUCUAGGAGGAUAUUGUUUACCAGAUCCGUACCACGUGCCUCGAGUACGAGAACUUCUUGAGAAAUUCAUGAAUUCCCUUCGUGACCCUAGCUUACCAUUGCUCGAACUUCAAGAAGUGAUCGCAACGAUAUCAGGAAGAAUUCCGAUUUCCGUAGAGAAAAAAAUCAGGAAAUUGAUGUCGCUGUACGAAAGAAACAUAACUUCUGUUUUAGCUCAAUUUCCUAGUCAACAAAUUGCUGCUGUGAUCGAUGGACAUGCAGCAAGUCUUUCCAAGCGAUCUGAACGCGACGUCUUCUUCUUAACUACCGAAGCUAUAGUGCAAUUGGUACAAAGAUAUAGGAAUGGAAUACGUGGAAGAAUGAAGACCGCUGUUCACGAACUACUUCGACAAUAUUACACCGUUGAAAGCCAGUUCCAACAAGGACAUUACGAUAAAUGUGUUUCUGCUUUAAUCGAUGAAUACAAAGAUGAUGUAGCAACAAUAACAGCUAUGAUUUUCAGCCAUAACCAAGUCACGAAGAAGAACGUUUUGGUAACUAUGCUCAUAGAUCAUCUCUGGGCGAAUGAACCUGGUCUUACGGACGAGUUAUCGAGCACGCUGACGGAACUAACGAGCCUGAAUCGUACAGAGCAUAGUCGUGUCGCGUUACGUGCGAGACAAAUUCUAAUCGCUGCUCAUCAACCUGCUUACGAAUUAAGACACAACCAAAUGGAAUCUAUAUUCUUAUCAGCGGUAGACAUGUACGGCCAUGAUUUCCAUCCAGAAAACUUAGAGAAACUUAUUCUUUCCGAAACAUCUAUUUUCGAUAUUUUACAUGACUUCUUCUACCAUUCCAAUCGUACAGUUUGCAAUGCUGCUUUGGAGGUUUAUGUUCGCAGAUCUUAUAUCAGUUAUGAGUUGACUUGCGUGCAACAUCUGGAAUUGUCUGGCGAAGUACCGCUUGUACAUUUCCAAUUUUUGCUGCCUAACAAUCAUCCUAAUAUACAAAACCAAUCUUCGGUUAAUCACAGAGUCGGGGCUAUGGCAGCUUUCCAAGACAUGGAUCAAUUCACCCGAUAUUCUGACGAAGUUUUCGACCUCCUAGAGGAUCUGUCUUCGAUUACCUCAACUUCGGCUAAAGUUUUAGCAGAGGCAGUAGACGCAGCUGCAAGCGAAUCGAGACACAGUACAUCCAUAAACGUAUCUUUAAGCAAUGCGGAAAAUACUGGUACAGUGGAAAUGGGUGAACGAUCUGCAGAACCGGUACAUAUUUUGAGCAUUGCCGUUCAAGAGAAAGAGAAUCACGAUGACGUUACGAUGGCGAAACUCUUUGGAGAUUGGUGCGCCGCGAACAAAGAGGAAUUAAUCUCACGAGACAUACGAAGGAUCACUUUCACUGUUUUAAAGAAAAGACAAUUCCCAAAAUUCUUUACAUACCGUCAAAGAGAUGGUUUUGUUGAAGAUAAAAUUUAUCGACAUCUCGAACCUGGUUGUGCUUUCCAAUUGGAAUUAAACAGAAUGAGAACUUACGAUCUUGAAGCUCUGCCAACCUCGAAUCAAAAAAUGCAUCUUUACCUUGGCCGGGCAAAGGUUGCCAAAGGACAACAAGUCACCGAUUAUCGUUUCUUCAUUCGUUCCAUUAUAAGACAUUCUGAUCUUAUCACGAAGGAGGCCAGUUUCGAUUAUCUUCACAAUGAAGGUGAACGUGUACUAUUAGAGGCUAUGGAUGAAUUAGAAGUCGCGUUCUCGCAUCCGCUUGCUAAGCGUACGGAAUGCAAUCAUAUCUUCCUAAAUUUCGUACCCACAGUUAUUAUGGAUCCAGUAAGAAUAGAAGAAAGCGUGACCAGUAUGGUACUGAGGUACGGCCCGAGAUUAUGGAAAUUACGAGUACGUCAGGCUGAGAUUAAAAUGACGAUUCGGCCAGCACCAGGGAAGCCAACGUCUAUUUUACGUUUGUGCAUUGCCAACGAUAGCGGAUAUAGCAUAGAUUUGCAUCUUUAUAUGGAGGCAACCGAUCCAAAGACUGGUAUCAUUCGUUUCGAAUCUUAUCCUUCUUCGAUGGUAAAUGGUACCUGGAGACCAGGACCUAUGCAUGGUCUUCCAAUUUCUACGCCAUAUCUAACCAAAGAUUAUCUUCAAGCAAAACGGUUCCAAGCACAAAGUUCUGGCACAACGUAUGUAUAUGAUUUACCAGACAUGUUUAGACAACAAACCGAAAAGAUGUGGAUUAAAUACAUAGAAGAAAGGCCACAGUGCGAUAUAACUAUUCCAAAUCCUGUGAUGGAUUGUGUAGAAUUAGUAUUAGAGGGUGACAAUUUAGUGGAACAAAAACGACUUCCUGGUGAGAAUAAUGUUGGUAUGGUCGCUUGGAGAUUAAGGCUUUAUACGCCAGAAUAUCCAGUAUCUGGUCGAGACAUUAUACUGAUAGCAAACGAUUUGACACAUUUGAUUGGUUCUUUUGGUCCGAAGGAGGACUUAGUGUUCUGCAGAGCGUCUGAAAGAGCUAGGCAACUUGGAAUUCCUCGAAUAUAUUUCUCUGCAAAUUCUGGCGCUCGCAUUGGUCUAGCAGAGGAAGUGAAAGCGUUGUUCAGAAUUGCUUGGGAGGAUGAGGAUGAACCAGAGAAAGGAUUUAGAUAUAUAUAUUUAACACCAGAUGAUUACGCGCGUUUAGCACCGCUUAAUUCAGUGAAAACUUCGUUGAUCGAAGAUAAGGGAGAAUCUCGUUACAAGAUUACCGAUAUUAUUGGUAAAGAUGACGGUCUUGGUGUAGAAAAUUUAAAAUACGCUGGUAUGAUUGCCGGAGAAACAUCGAAAGCCUAUGACGAAAUCGUUACGAUUUCCAUUGUAUCUUGUAGAGCGAUUGGUAUCGGUGCUUACCUAGUCCGUCUUGGACAAAGGGUCAUUCAAAUAGAAAAUUCUCACAUCAUCUUAACCGGUUACAAAGCAUUAAAUACUGUCUUAGGCCGUGAAGUAUACGCUAGUAAUAAUCAGUUAGGUGGUAUACAAAUUAUGCAUAAUAAUGGGGUAUCACAUGCAACAAACGUAAGGGACCUAGAGGGUGUUGCUACUGCUUUAAGAUGGUUAAGCUACUGUCCCAAAUUUAAGGGUGCACCCCUUCCUAUAUUAUCAGCACCAUUUCCUGAUCCAGUCGACAGAGAAAUCAUGUAUGUUCCUACAAAAGCAGCAUAUGAUCCAAGAUUCAUGCUCGAGGGUAGAAUACAAAAUGGUACAAAUUAUUGGGAAAGUGGGUUCUUCGAUCGUGGCUCUUGGCAGGAAAUUAUGAGGCCUUGGGCUCAAACUGUAGUAACUGGACGAGCAAGAUUAGGCGGAAUACCUUGCGGUGUUAUUGCAGUAGAAACAAGAACCGUUGAGUUGCACUUACCUGCUGAUCCUGCUAAUCUCGAUUCAGAAGCUAAAACAAUAUCUCAAGCAGGACAAGUAUGGUUCCCUGACAGUGCAUACAAAACUGCUCAAGCUAUCAAAGACUUUGGAAAAGAAGAGCUUCCACUUUUUAUUUUUGCUAAUUGGAGAGGAUUUUCUGGUGGAAUGAAAGACAUGUACGAGCAAAUUAUCAAAUUCGGUGCUUAUAUUGUGGAUGGCUUACGAGAAUAUACUAAACCAAUAUUUGUAUAUAUCCCACCAAAUGGAGAACUAAGAGGUGGUGCUUGGGCUGUCGUUGAUCCAACGAUAAAUCCUCGCUACAUGGAAAUGUUUGCUGACAAUACAAGCAGAGGUGGAGUUUUAGAACCUGGUGGAAUAGUAGAAAUCAAGUUUAGAACUAAAGACAUACUUAAAGCUAUGCAUAGGGUUGAUUCAGUAAUACAGAAGCUUAAAGAAAAUCUAGCCAAUGCAAAUUCAGCCGAAGAACGAACAGACAUUGAAAGCCAAAUUCGUAAGAGGGAGCAACUUUUAGAACCUAUGUAUCGGCAAGUAGCAGUUCACUUCGCAGAUCUUCAUGAUACGCCAGAGAGAAUGUUUGAGAAAAAUACCAUUCAUGAUAUUAUUCCAUGGCAAAAAGCACGCAGACUGCUUUAUUGGCGACUUAGAAGAAGACUUUUAGAGGAUGAAAUAAAGAAGGAAAUUCUAUCAACUCAACACACUUUGGACGUUAGACAAGUCGGUGCAAUGUUGCGUAGAUGGUUUAUAGAAGACAAAGGUGCCACAGAAUCUUAUCUGUGGGAUCAAGAUGAAGCUGCAACGAAUUGGUUGGAGAAUCAACGUCAAGAUGAAAAUAGUGUUGUUUCCCGUAACAUCACUUGUGUAAGACAAGACGCAAUCGUUUCUCGAGUCAAAGAAGCCCUUGAAACUUGUCCAGAAGUGAGAUUAAAUGCAAUUUUAGAAAUUGCGCACAGAUUACAACCAGCAGAACGUGCAGAAUUGCAAAGAACUUUAUCACAGAUAGAAACGACCACACAGGAACACCACAAUGAUUCAAGUGCUUCGUCCUAAUGUUUUUCUAAAUUAAGAAAAAUCUCUUGUCUAUCUGCGUACCUGGUGUAUGUAGUUCUACAUCUUAGAAUUAAUUGUACAGAUACUCGUUAUUCUUGUUAAUAGCAAAUUGUACGGGAGUAGUAUAAUUUUUGGAAAGUUAAUAAUUGUUUCUAUCGAUAGCGUUACUUGAUGAUAGAAAGUAAUCGAACUCGUGUCUUAUUCAAGUUCAAUGGUGAUGCUAUCGAGUGUCAGACAGUAUCACUGCCGUCUCCUAAACCAUGGCAAAACGUGCCCUUUGUUUAUAAUGAGUGUAUUCAUGAAUAUAGAAAUUAUAUUGCACAUAUGCGUACAUACAUAUAUAUAUAAAUAAAUAAAUAAGUAAUAUAUAUGUGUUUAUUUAUUUAUAUUUAUAUGCAUGUAUGUAUGUGUAUUUUUUUUAGAAAAAAGUUUGUUCGUUGCGUUUACUUUUACCGAAUGACUAAUGUGUACAUCGAUAUUUCCCAUUUCCGUCGAAAAAAAGAAAACAGAUCGAUGGAUAAUUUUUAAAGUACGAAGUACUAUUUUUCCAAUCGUG